AUGGCUGACGACAUCGCUCAACAAAUGAAAAAUGUCCAUAUGGCAAUUGAAAAAUUCAAAAUUUUUGGAAAUGAUCCGCCGUAUACACUGACUCAACAGUAUGGUUUUAUGAAAUUUGACGAUAAUCAACUCGAUACGACAUCACGCCUUUCACAAUAUGUUCGACUAAGUCUUGAAAUAAAUGCUGAAAUAGUUGUUAAAUUUAUGCAAGAAGCUUGGAAAUUACCAAAACCUGACCUAAUUAUAUCUGUUACUGGUGGAGCAAAGAAUUGUGAUAUGUCAGCACGCCUUAGAAAAAUUUUUCAAAGUGGCCUUGUUUCUGCUGCUAUUACUACAAAUGCAUGGUUAAUUACAGCUGGAACAAAUACUGGUGUCGUAAAAGAAGUAGGCGAUGCUCUUAGCAAUUAUAGAUAUAAAAAUCGAAAACAAGGACCUGAUGUCCCAUGUAUUGGUAUUGCUAGUUGGGGUUAUACGGCGGGAAACGAUCAACUCGAUGAUCAACAUAAAAUCUUUCCUUCCAAUUUGAGCUCUUUAAAAGCACCACGUUCAUUUACGAGACAUCUUCACAGUCAAGUGGCACACUCGGUUCGUGUGGAUAUAGGUGAUCAAUAUCAUGUUCGAAAUUAUGUUGUCAAAGAAAAACAAAAGAAACGCUGUGACUUAGAACCAAAUCAUACACAUUUUUUACUAUUUGAUGAUGGACAAACAAAUGCUGAUACGGUUCUUCCAUUACGAGCGGAAAUUGAAAAAUAUUCGCGGAAUAUUAAUCUAGCAACUACUUCAGAAGGAGCAAUAGAAACAGUUAUACCUAUUGUUAUGGUUUUGGUUGAAGGUGGUCCAUCAUCAAUUCGAACAAUAUGUCAAGCACUUGAAUCGGAUACACCAGUUGUUGUUAUUAAAGAUUCAGGUCGUGCUGCUGAUCUUGUUGCUGAAUUACAUGCUUGCUAUUCCGAAGGGGAUAUUGCUGUCACUAGUACUCAUCCGUCACGUCCUCAAACUGGCUUUGUUAAAGGUAGUUCAAAGGAUACAGAAGUUCAUGCAAUUUUAGCUAAACGAACCGAUAUAGCAGGCCUUGAUGAAGUUAAAAACGAUUUAUGUAGAAUAUUAAAUGAACGUAGAAAACUUGUGACAAUUUUCAAAUUCGAUAGUAAACGCCAUCGUGGAAAUCUUGAAGAUGCUAUUCUAGAAUCGUUAUUUAACGCUGCGAAAUUUUCUGGUGAUUCCAAUGAACAACAUCGACGAACAAUGGAACUUAAAUUAGCCAUAGCAUGGCAUAAAUUCGGUUAUGCUCACAAAUAUCUUCUUACUGAUAAAACUAUAUCCAAAUGGAAGGAAGAAGAUCUUAGUCGCGCUCUUGUCGAUGCACUUCGUCGUGGAUAUGUUGAUUUUGUUGAAUUACUGAUUGAAUUCGGUACAUCACUUGAAAAGUUAACGAAUGGAGAUCUUAAACAGUUAUAUACAACAACAUUGAAUAGUGAUCGGUUACCAAUUAAGAAUAAAGGAAAAGGUGCCGCGUGGUCAAAAGACGAUUUCUAUAAUGAUUAUUUUCAUUCGGUUACGCUUGAUUCGAAAAAGAAUAAUUUAUCACAAUUAAAUGAUGAUACUCCGUUAGGUAAACGUGCUCGACAAGAUCUAUUUUUAUGGGCUGUUUUUCUUGAUCGAUUUGAACUUGCAACAUAUCUUUGUUCGAAAACUUGGAAUCCAUCAAUGGCACCAUUAUUUGGUGCUCUAAUCUACCGACGAGCAGCAAGAUUAACACUCGAUUUAGAUAUACAACAGCAAUAUGAAGAAAAUGCCAAUCAAUUUGAUAUGCAUUCUAUGUCAAUUAUUGAUCGAUGUUUUGAUAAUGAUGAACAUUUUGCUGUUGAUCUGUUGAAACAUUCUGCUGUCGCAUUUGAUGAUGUUGAUCCAUUAUCAUUAGCUCGCAAAGCUGAUUGUAGAAUAUUUCUUGCAUCGAAAUGUGUCCAAAGAUAUCUUGAUAAUGAAUGGUUUGGACAUAUCAAUUACAAGCGAAAUUCUAUUACGUUUAGAGUUUUUCUUUGUUCAUUGUUUAUUCCUUUAAUUCCAAUAUUUUGCCUCUUUUUACCUUAUAUACAAAAGCAUCGAUACAUUGCCGCAACUGUUAUAGAUUAUUCAAGAGUCUCUGAAACGGCUAUGACAAAAGAUGGUGUCGGACAACCAAAGAGGAGGAAACCUGUUCCAUGGACAGCAAAGCUAGGAUAUUUCUAUCGAGCACCUAUUGUACGGUUUUACUAUUAUACAAUAUUCUUUGCUAUAUUUUUGGCUUUAUUCAGCUAUGUUCUUCUUGUUGAUUAUUUUCCUUUAAAUAUCUAUAAUGAACGACGAUCUGGCUACAGCAAUUUAUACAUCCCGAUAACUGAAAUAAUUCUUCAUAUUUGUACGUGGAGUUUAAUUAUUGAAGAAAUUCGCCAAUAUAUUUUUAUGAGCUCAAGAAGAGAAUAUUUAGCGGAAAUAUGGAAUAUUAUUGAUAUUGCCGCUAUUAUUAUAUAUCUUAUUGGUUUUAUUACACGAUUUUUUGUUCAGGAAGCCGUUUUUGUUGCAUCAAAAAUAUUCUUAGGAGUUGCUUUAAUACUUUGGUACAUUCGUACAUUAAACCUAUUCGCCGCUUUUGAAAAAUUAGGGCCGAAAUUGGUUAUGAUUUUAAAUACAAUGAAAGAUCUUCUCUUUUUCGUUUGCUUUAUUUUUGUAUUCUUAAUGGGAUUUUCAAUUACAUCGUGGGCAUUAAUCACUACAAAUGAUCAAGUCCAAUGGUAUUAUGCUGAUAAUGGAGCUCUAGCCAAUGUAACAGUAUCCGGUAAAGGAAGCGGUUUGUGGACAUGGCAAAUAUUACGUGAUGUUACAAAUUAUGGCAUUUGGAAAAUUUUCGGACAAGUUGACCCUAUCAAUGGUUCGGAUGCAUAUUCUCAUGUAGCUUUUGUGUUGGCUAUAAUAUUUGUUGCCAUUGCGAAUGUACUUCUUCUUAAUGUACUCGUGGCUUUAUUUAAUGUUACAAUACAAACUGUUGCGCAGCAAUCUUAUCGUAUAUGGCGUUAUCAACGGUUCUUACUUGUUUGUGAAUAUAAACAGAAACCUCCGAUUCCACCGCCGUUCACGCCUCUAUAUUAUCUAUAUAUCAGUAUUCGAUACCUGGCCGGAAGAAUUCAAUAUCAUCGUGAAAAAAAACAAAAUGCGAAUGAAACUUUAGUAAUGGAUUCUGUUGAAUUAAAUGAAGCUAAUAUACGAGAAGAAUUUAAGAGUAAGUAA